CAUCCACGAGAUCAGCCAAUUUCUGGCGCCCAAGCAGUCGAUGUUUUUAUUUAAAGAGAAGAAGAAAGAAAUCAUAAUACCAAGCUACGAAACUCUUCGAGGAGAAUUUGAAGAAGAGCGCGAGAGUUUGAAUGAAGUGUAGGCAUGUUGCAGUUUCCAACGUUCAUUCAACAACAGCCCUCAACCAUAUUGGCGCCCUCUUCAGUGCUCCAUCUUUCUGAAUGGCCUUCACCCCACAAUGAUGAUGUUUAUCUUGCUAUGGAGGAGGCCGAGCUUGAAGAAAAGUUGGCUGAAAUAAGAAAUGCAAAUAGUAAUCUACCUGUCCUUGGAAAGAUUGCUACAGACAAUGAUCAAGAAGAAUAUGAGGGUGAACCUGAAGAUGAAGAAGCUGACAAUGCAGAAGAGAGUGAAGGGGAUGAAUUUGAGCAAGAAACUGGCUGAAUGCUUGCCUUUCAUCAUGUCAUGUCAGUGUACAGUACCCCAUUUCCACAGAUCUUUGAAUUUAAAAAAAAUGAUGGACAAACUUUCAGAAAAAUAUUUUAAGAAACUUGCAGAAUAUUUAGGCUCACAUGUGAUGCAGGAAAACAAAUUUUUAUCCUCUAAACUGUUUUAAGUACAGAUAAGAACAAUAGAGAUGCAUUAUGUGUGAUGUGUUGUUUUAUUGAGAUUGAGUGUGACUUUAAGUGCAUCUUUUAAUCAUCUUUUAACCUAAUUUUACA